AUUAUUAUUGCUUAGUUACCUUAUUAAUUACCUUAAAAGAACCGGUGAUUCCCAUGCAGUGACUCACUCCUCAAACUUUAAACUUAUUUCGUUUACUAAUAAAAGUCGGGAAAGAUGACUCAAGCCAUUAAUGGAACUCAUGGUCACAGACCAGUUCGUGUCACAAGACAUUUUGACCCCUUACAUGGUAUUUUAAGUAAAAGACUAAAAGCAGGGAGUAUAUGAAGUUAAAGAAUGUAUAAGAAUGCGGGAAUAUAGGUGUUUGGUACAAUGUUAGACACAGACACUGUAUUUUCCCCAUUGAGAAUAUGAGGAAGGAACAAAGUUGUUCAUUCAAAUGCCAGUCAACCGAUUUUAAAUAUGUUAUCCAAUGAAAUGAUUUUAUAAGCACUGCAUCAAACUAAAUAAUAAUUCAAAAUAGAAAGGCUCCAAUACCCAUCACAGAUAAAGUAAAACGGGGAGACACACCCACACCCCACAUGUUAAAAAAGUUGAAAGGAAGCAUUUCACCUUCCAACUGCUUUUUCAAGAAAUACCAAGUGAUAAGGUAUCCUGAAGUGCCGAAACUAUACAUUCUUUUUAAUAUCAUUAUCAAAGUCAUGAAAUGUAGCUCCUUCUUCUUAUUCUGAGCUUUCCUAGGAUCACAUCGUCAGUACUAUUCCAACUAGUCAUAUCCGUUCCUAUCCUAUAAAUAUCCCAUCUUUCUUUUCUAAAUACGAUUCGUCGCGAUAACAUUUUCGCAAUUUUCUUCUCUGCUUUGCCCUGGGGCAGAGGAUAUCCUCCAACUAUUUCAUAGAGGGAUUUGCCUCCGCUUUUUGUACUGGCCUGAGUGUUGAAUCCGUUUCAUUACUCUCAAAAUUUAGAUGCUUUUUGACACGGAGUUUUCCAUUUUAUCCCUGAAACAGCGGCUUUCAUCCUCUACCUAACUAUGGCAAUAUAGAAAAAGCUAGUGAAUGAUCAAGUGAGGUAUUAAUACUUUGAAAUUUGCGAUCGUACAUACUGGCUAUAAGUCACCUUCACCAUUUCAUAUAGUAACCAUUGUAGUCUAGCUUGAAGCAUAUGGUUGGAUGUCUUAAUGAAAUAUAUAUCCAGCAAGAUAUUGUGUAGUAUGUGAUCGUUGUUUGCUUAAUUCCCAGUCACCUCAACCUACAUAAAAAUGUUGAAACUCGAUUCCCGAAGUGAAACAAGAAACGGUAUCCUAAAUACAAGUUCUACGCAAAUGCACAACAUGGCGAGUUUCUCAAAAACUGAAGAAGCACCUCAGUAAUUUUCGAAAAGAAAAACAAGAAGAAGUAUUCUCCACACAACUUGUUUAAGCUGCCGUCAAUUUUUAGGCUCGUGAGUCACCUCAACCGACAUAAAAGAGUUGAAACUCAAAUACGGAAGUGAAACAAGAAACGCUGUGCUAAAAUAGGUUCUAGGCAAAUCUACAUCAUGGCAAGUUUCUCAAAAACUGAAGAAGCGCCUCAGUAGUUUUCGAAAAGAAAAACAAGAAGAAGUCCUCUGCACGCAAUUUGUUUGAGCUUCCGUCAUUUUUUCAGACUCGUGAGAGUGACAUCCAAUACGAUGGAAGGAGGUGGAAGAUCACGUGACAUUUAUACCUCUAGCACGUCAUUUCCGCUUUGUCUCAUUGUCUCUACUUUACUCUUGAGCCUUCAAAUCUCAUUGAAUUCAAGAGCUUUAGCACAAGAUAAGACAAGUUGCCAUGUUACAAGUGUGAAGGAGAAUGAACCGACAACAUUCACAUGUAUCUUCAGUGUUGACCUCAGGGUCACGAGACAAGACGUCAAAGUCAUCCAUCAAAGCAACACAGAAACUGAUGUCGUCAGCUGCACGUGGAUAAACAAAAAACCAUCGUGCACCUCAGUCCCGGGGUUUGAAGUAAACAACACAAUCACUGAUCGUCUGACAAUCAAAGUACCCCGGGCUACUCUCGAGUACAAUGGGACGUACGUGUGUCACCUACAAGGCUCUCAGUCUGAACACUUUGAGUCAUGUGACUUUAUUGUAAUGACAGGUUCAGCUACUACCACACCAGUGGGAACUAUCGUCGCUGUAACUGUUGGAGUAAUAACAGCCGUGUUAGUUACCGUAACCGUGAUCAUUGCUUUCAUCAUCAGAAAACGCAGAUCGCGCAAACCAUCGGAAGCGAAAAAUCGUAAGGAAACGAAGCCAAUGAUACAAACCCCCUCACAGGAUGUCGUUAAAACUACAAAGAACUUCUUGACUGACCUCUCCAAUGGUUUCCGGAAGACAUAUCCCGAGUAUAACACAAAAUCCUAUGUUGUGCCGCCGUUGUACUUCAAUGACAACACAUAUGAACUGACCACCUUUGCUGGAGAAGACGUGUACAUCACUAACCCCCCCGAUCAACAAACUGUGAAGCACGACAUGGCCAUGGGUCGGGUCUUGAAAAAUCUUAACCUUCUAGCAAUUUUUGAAAGUGAAGUGAUGUUUGUCAUAUCGCAGUUCGACUACAAGAAGUACUUGGCUAAUCCUACGAACGAGUUCGCUGAUCACAGUUUACCAAUGCCUGGUGAACUGAGGAAGUCUGACAAACACUACGGAGACUUUGACAUCCUUAUCAUUCAUCGACAUCACGGGCUGGUGGUCGGGGUGGUGAAGACUUGUUCUGGUGGGUGUCAAAAUAAUGAGGUAGAGGUAGAGGAUACAACCCAGAUGGUGGUCGAGGAGCUGAAACAAGGCUGUAAACAACUGGACGAGGCAGAGAAAAUGUUACAACAUCUUCUGUCAGAUCGCAUAACUAAUCAAAACCAACAAAUGCAGGUUCAAAAAUUAUUAAUUCUGCCAAAUCUUUGGGAAGAACGUCUAAGGAUUGUCCUGAAUGAAGACCAAGAUGUGGCACAAAAUUUAAAGAAGUGUCUUGGAUUUCCGGAGACUGCUGACAUUUCUAACAAAUGUCUCUGUGGCGAUCAUAUGUGGAGUCCAGAUAGACAGCAAAAUAUUAAAAAGUGGUUCAACAGUCGAUUUCCUGAAGCACAGAACAAAGCAUUCGCUAGCGACGACGAGUACGCUGAUAAAGUUGCAAGGUUCUGUGGACCUGCAACCAUUUGGUCUUUGAACAUUCCGGAUCAUCAAAGUGGCAUCUUACCCAAGACACUGGAAGACUGUGUGUGGAUGACAGGUGAGCUGUUCACCAAGCCAAUACUACAGCCCCAGCAGUGGGAGAUACUAAACACAAACAGUCCUCGGGUCUUCCUCUCGGGGCCGCCAGCUUCAGGGAAGACGAGGAUGCUGGUGUUGGCAGGCAAACGAUGGAUGUCCGACGGUCACAAGGUUCACGUGGUUUCCACUGGAAGAAAGAGUCGAGCAGCAAGUCAUGUGAUUUACACAGAGCUGUCGAUGGCCUCCAAAGAAAUGUCAGGAUCGUGUGAACUGAUAACUUUCGAGAAAGAAGAUACAAAAGAAAGGAUCGACAAACUUUUGAAGCUUGCUAAAACUAUGUACAUCAUAGCUGAUGAGGCUUACAAUGCUAAAAGCUCAAGUUUUAAGGAUUUUGUUGAUGGUCUCCGAAAGGAAGUCCCAAAACUCCAUCUAUGGGCUGCCAGUUGUUUACCAAACAUCGCCCCGCAGUGCUGCGAGCCUUACCUCUUUAAAGACAGUUUUACUUGUCCACCUGCAAUCUUAGCGAGAUUUGAUGUGUCACAACUUGCCGACAAGAAUACUGUCGACUUUUGGAGGUAUGACAGCAGAACCACAGCGCCCACGGAUGGUCCGACAGUAAUAGAAGUUUACCAUGAUGACAAAGGUCACAAUGGUGACUAUCCACACGACUGCAAGACAUGUGCCAACGAAGUCAUGAAAUUACUUCAAACCCUUUGCGUCAUUAAAUCAGUUGGUGCCAACCAAAAGGUCGAAGGACAGCCCAAGCUGUUGAGUAAAGACAUCCUGGUUCUGUGUGAAAAUGAUGGAGAGACAGCUGUGAGUGCUGCACUGAAGAAGUCAGGAGUGAGUGUGAAGACAGUGGACGAAAAGAACCGUGAACAAGUUUUCGAAGCCAACAACAAUGUAGUGUGGGAAGCUAAGGGUCAACACAUGUUCGGCAUCAAACGGAAAGUCGUGGUUUAUGUAGAAGGAAAUCCAAAGGAUAAACACAAAAUGUCUGUCGACCUCAAACGAUUGCGAGGUGUCACUAGUGCAACAUCUCAGCUGAUCUGGUUGGUAGGAUGUCAGAAGAGUUAAACAGUUUCUGCAGUGAAAGUGUAUUUGUCUAACUGACAGACACUUUGUAUUGGGUGACAACCAGGGCUUGUACAUAUAUUGAGUGGAUGUAAACUACCAAGAAACACUUCUGUCCAUUUUUUUUUAACUUUUCCUGGUGUUUUAUAUAUUUGUUCACUUUUUUGUUCUUCAUUUGUUCUUUUUUUUCUGCGCAAUGAGCAUUCUUCGGAAUGGAUACCUGCGCAUUACAAAUCGACAUCAUCAUCAUCAUGUAAGAAACAUGCGUUAGGAUUUGCAUUCAUUUAAUCGCUUAAUUCACUCAAUGUGUUUACUAUAAUAUGCUCUUCUAUAGAA